GUCUGGUCCAAAACAGUUGAGAUGGAGAAAAAACACUUUCGUGUUAAGCAAUCUAUGCGUCUUAAAAUUUAAGUCAGUCGACUGAAAAUGUGAUAUUUAACUUUACUAGGUGUUUACUAGAGAAAAAGCUCGGAUAGUUACAGGACUGUUGUUUUGACGACAGUACUCACUCCAUUCCACGCUGGUCAAAAAUUUGUUUUCAAAAUAGAAGAGUUGCAUGCCAAAAGUAUUAACAACAACAAAUUUUCUGGUGUUGAUAUUUUAAACAUCUUGAGAGAUUCAUUAGGGUUUAUAGAAAAUUGAUAUGAUAUUAAAUCAUUUUUUGGAAGACAGGAAAAAAUGACAACUUCCGGCGUACGAGGUGCAGUGGUUACCAAGGCUAAACCUGUUACAUCACAGUUCCAGUUUGGACCAUGGACGCUAACAGCUGUAAAGUCACAUAUACUUGAGUCUGAAGGCCCGGCAAGACAAAGGUUUGAAAAUGAGUUGGAGCUACCUCAGGUACCAGAAAUGAUAUUUGCAGACAAUGUGUUACGAGUACAACAUGAUGCAGGCUAUGGUGUCGAGUUCAAUGCUCUUGAUGCAUUGAAAAUGGUGGAUGCCCAAAAUGACCCCCUCAAAGUUGCUGUGGCCCAAGCUUGGAAGGAAGCAAGGGCUGAUUGUGAACAUAUAAAUGAAGUGGUAAAGCCUUUUGAUUGGACCUUCACUACAGAAUAUAAAGGCACUUUAAUAGGAAAAGAUGGAGCCCAGUUACAGGUAGAAAAAACUGAUGAGAGAAUAGAUUUGGAAAAAUUAAAAGUUCGGGAGAAGAUCCACUUCUAUGAAGAUAUUCUUUUGUUUGAAGAUGAGUUAUCUGACAAUGGUUCAUCCCUAAUGAAUGUCAAAAUUAGGGUUAUGCCAACAAGUUUCUUUAUUUUACUACGGCAGUUUAUGCGGGUGGAUAAUGUUGUUGUGAGAGUACUUGAUACAAGAUUACAUCAUGAGGCUGAGAAGGACUUUAUUCUAAGAGAGCACAGUUAUAAAGAUAGUAACAUACAGGAUAUAAAGGGACCAGCUCAUGUUGUCACAGAUCCAAACCAAGUUGCCCAGUUGUUACCUGUAAGAACUGAAACUUUUGAAAAACUUAUUUUUCCCACCUGUUCUACAAAGUCAACAGAAGCUGAUGCUAUAAGAUAGAUGUCUGUGGCUGGGAUGUGUUAUAUUUGUGAUUAUUAGACGUUUUAUGAACAAAUAAAUCCAGUAUUUAUUACAAGUGUAAAGAGGUCUGUUAUAUAUAAUGUGACCACAUCUGGACAGUUCACUCUAUGGCACAUUGUAAAUUAUUGGAUCGUGUCUGAACAGUUUAGGGUAUGUGAUUUCUCAGGUACAUAUUUGUUGGUUAGAAGAGUUGUGAAUUGUGACACUACAGAGAAAUAUUUUCCAGUGUUGAUACGCUUUCUGAUCUGCCAUUACCCUGCUAAAUUUCUACAAUGAACUUGUCCAUUUUUCAAUUUGGACAGAACCAUUAACUGUUAAAAGGUGUGCAGGCUGAUCAUGAUCUGCACUGGCCGCAAUGGCUGGAUCAAUUAUGUCCAGUAUGAUAAGGCUGUAAAACUUUAUCAUAACAAAAAAAAUGCAUAUAGGUUAAGAGGUUUCCUCUUAUUUUUCAGCUAUCAGAAUUUAGAGAAUUUCUUCCUGGUCUUUGCAUUACUGCAUACUAGAGGUGUAGAGGUUCAUCUUGGGGUGGGGGUUUUGGGUUUAUAUUGAACCUCUGAUGUAAUUUAGAUGGAAUGUAAGAAUCAUGAUGAUUCAAAUAGAUAUGUACUAAUCAAAUUGAAUUCUUCUAUAUACUAACAUGUACCAAAUAUUCACAUUUAUGCUAAAUCUUUUAAGAUGUCUGAGAUUAAAUUUGGAAAAGUA